AUCUCACCUAAGCCUCAGUCUCCGUGCAAGGACACCAUCGGUUUCGCUUUCCUUCUCACUUUCUUUCUUCCCCCAGUUUCAUUGUAUCUUUGUGCAAAGUCGUAGUCCUCUACCAUCACAUUCCUUCUUAACCUAGAGUCUAAUUCACCAUGUCCGCUCAUGAACGUCUCCGUCUUGCUGGCCUCGACACCGUGAUCCUCGACCUCAACCGCGACGGGCCAUGCGCGCCUAUGCCGGCUGUACCGCCCUCUUCUCGCUCAUUCCUAGUUUCCUCCGAGCUUUCGCCUUUGGUCACUCUGGAUAAACAGACGACUGCUUUGCGUGUCGCUCGGAAGCCUCUUGGAGACAGAAUGCCCGAGUUGAACAUCGCGCGGAACAGUAUUGUUUCUACAACAUCUCGCCUCUCACGACGUGACUCUCAGACCAGGGCUUCCAUUAGAUUGUCUUCUCGGCCACCCUCCCGCAAACCUUCCAACUCUCUCAUCAACAAUCAUAGAAGAUCCAGAACGCUCUCUCGUUCCGCUGUCUAUCCCAGUCUUCCUGCCGUAGCGCGCACUUCUACAUUCUCUAUCCUCCCACCUCUCGUCACUCACUUCGACUACCCGUCCUCUUCCCCGAGAUCUCGCCCUACAUCCUUCGUUGGUCCAUCCACGACACCAUCCACGGCCCCAGCCACCACCGUCGAUAGGAACCAGUAUAGGCGUGUGUCGGUCUCGUCAGUUUCGUCGCCUCCGUCGCUUCUACACAGACUCUCGCUUCAUUUACGACCCGAACCCCUCGUCUUCUCGCCUCUCCGGACAAGUCAGGUUCAUGACGAACCUUACAUAAUACCUACACUACAACAUCCCAAUAGCCCCUACAUGCCAUGGGCGUCCACUAUCCGCCAUCAGAUCCUUCGACCUCUUACGCCGAACUCCUACAUCUCGAUUCCAGACGGGUAUUAUUCACGUCCACUUUCACGAAGUGGCGCGCGGGCGCCGUCGCCAAUUCUCGAACAUGGCGACGGUGCAGCAUUUCAGAGUGAUGGGUCGAAGAGAGGCUUCGGAACCAAGGCGGGGAGGAAGGUCAAAAAUCUCGGUGGGGCGCUGUUAAGGAAUGUAGGGGGUCUGGCGAGGCGUGUGACGAAACGCAAGGCGAAGCUCACAAUUUCAACUCGCGAUAUCCCUGUCGCACCGGCAUCCAUUCUCUCUCCUCCGGCCUCUCCCCGUUUGCGACUCAUACUCCCGCCAUUGCCAUCUCCGUCUAUACAGUCUAUUCUCGCCCUUCCAGCCUUGGAACGACCAUCAGAUGAUAGCGGGCCUUCCGACGAAACUCUUGAUUCACCAAAUUCAGAUUUCCAUAGUCUGGAGGAGUGGCUAGAAGAGAGGAGGAGGUUGGAGGAUAUUGCUACGGGGGGGAGUUCGAUCGUGAGGAUGACGCUAGAGGAGUACGAAAUGAGGGGUAGUUGGUUACGGCUUGUUCCACAGGAAGAGAGGGGAGACGGUUGGGCUUGUGGUCUGAGAGGGUGCUGUGUGCAUGAGCGCGAUUCCGGGUAUUUUGCGGACGAUCUCGAGGAAGUUGAUGGAAGGUCGUUGGAUCGUCAUGAAGAGGGCGAGGCGGAGGUGGUUGAGUGUUCUGAGGGCAAUGGCGCAGAAUCCUCUUCGGGUGAAGAGGCAGAUGCUGACGGAAUGUCCGGACUUCCGACGUCAGGCACCUUGGGUCACACGGACGAAGAUGGAUCACAGUCUGGUGAAGAGGGCGGGGAUGGGGACGUUUGUUCAGUGACGGAUUGUGGGCACAGAGUCGGGAUCGCGUUUCCAAUUGGUGAGAGUUCGAGAUCGGCAGAGGGGAGUGCCGGUGUGGGCGAGAGGCAGUGGUUGAGUGAUGUUCCGCGUGUGUGGACGAAUUCGCUGUAGGUCUCUUAACUCCUCUGGCGAGUAUGUACGGUCUGGCCCGUCUGCGUUCUCGCUUGAGCAUCCCGUAUAUGUGGAACAUUGGUACUAGGAUACAUGUGGGACAAUGGAUCUCUACCCGCAACGUUCUCCCUUUAUCCAUUGAUCAUGCAUUUCAAAACUUUCUGUCUUAUUCACUAUUCACUAUUCCCUGGAUCUCUCUUCAUAGCUGCCACUUUGUCUUUUGUUGUUCUCGAUCUCAAUUCUCUCAAUCGCAUAUCUCGUCCCGGUCACACUGCUAUCCUACGCUCUUUGUAAUCAUCGCAUCGUCAAUCAUCCCUACCCACCCAUUCUUUCACUAUCUUCAGGUUCUCACGUCACCAAUACCGUCUCGUAUCCUCACAAUCACAUCGCUAUCAAUACCCCACUAGAACCCCUCAUUGCUGAAUACCUCAUCACCACCAUCCUCACUUAUUACCGC